CCAAAGACAAACGUCCGCGCCGGCGGAACCUCAUUUUCCGACGAUUUUGCAUGUUGAUAUGAGUACACAUGGCCUCUCAAGACUACCCAUGGCUACAGCUUUCAACCUGGACUCAACGAGAAGAACUAGCUUUCGACAGCAGCAACAACUCUCAAGUCGGAAGUCCCUCCGAAUCCCCUUCGACAACAGUCUUUUCACCGACGCACUCACCACCUAUCCCUCUCCCAACACAUCCCCCGCCCCCCCCCCAAACAACCCCACCGCCCAAAAUCCCAAUCCCCAGCACCCCUCCCACCGCCGGCGCCGCACGGUCGGGUCCCCUCGCUCCGAAUCCUCCACCUCCCAGGACACCUCCCAUGGACCCAUCUCACAACGCCUCAAAUCCCAAAACCGCACCUCCCAACGCGCCUUCCGCUACCACCGCACCGAGCGCUUCCUCGCCCUCCAAUCCCGCGUCGCAGAUCUCGAGAAGCAACUCGACGCCGCGAAAGUGGUGAAUCAGCUAUUAGCGCAGAUGAGCAGGUUGAGAUCACUCGAGGAGUUAAGGGACAGCAUGGGGGGUGGAGGUGUAUUGAGGAGCGGUAGAGAGGGAGAGAGGGAGACGGGCGAGGCGGCGAGUGAACCGCCUGCUUGUGAGGAGGGGGGUGGAUUUCAGACGUGUGAGUUGCCGUUGCUGGGGGUGGGGGAGUAUUGGGAUGCGAUGGUGGGCCGGGAGGGGGGGUUUGAGGAGGAUGAUGGGGUGGAUUGGCAGGCGGUGGGGUUGGGGGAAGGGUCGCUUUCGGAGGCGUCGCCGUUUGGGCGGGUGCUGGAUUGGGGGUGGGCGUGAGUGACGGUAUUGGAGGGGUUGGUUUUUGAUUGAUGCUUGGGUUGCGUUGGAGUCUGGCGAAGAUGAGAAGUGGGAGACUGAAGACCUCGGUGGUGAUAAAGGAUUUGAUUCAAUAUUUAAAAUAGAUGUUGAGCUCAUAUAAGCUUAAGUUAUAUAGCCAUACUUACUUAACUUGCUUU